AUGUCUUCUACUUCUGCACUACGUUCGCGCUUGAAAGAGCUAUCGGCAGCUCUUGGUCGAAUCCAUCCACUUGUUUCUCGGCUAGGCAAUUUCACCGCUGCGGUUGGGCAGGGCGAUGAGGCUCGUUUAGAGCUGGGUGCUGAGAUCCACGGCCUGCUGAAAGAGGCGGAGGAGCAACUGGAAUUGCUGAAGGUGGAUGUCGAAGCGCUUGAGUCUGGCUCGGAAAGCAGGAGAAAGACGGUGGAUAACGAGAAGGAGUUGGAGAGGGAGCGAAUUGUUGCGUGGGCAGGCAGGUUGACGGAUGAUUUGAAGAAAACGCGAGGCGAAUUUCGAAAUGCUCAGCUACAAGCCAAACGAAAUGCCGAACUCGCAAAACGAAAAGAACGAGAGCUGCUGUUCUCCAGGUCGCACAGCGGAGAGAGACAGAAGCAGUCGAAUGAGAAGUUGACACAAGAUGAUAUCACCGUCAACGCAUCGAACGACGUGACCGCGGCAUUGAGGAGAACACAUCAGUUGAUGCAAGCAGAACUCUCCCGCAGCCAAUUUGCGCAGGAGACGCUAGAACAAUCCACCGCCGUCCUUUCAUCUCUUUCGGAGUCCUACACUGGUCUCGAUUCACUUCUAUCGUCGUCACGCAACCUUAUCGGCUCAUUACUUCGCUCUCAAAAGUCCGAUACAUGGUACCUUGAGACGGCUUUCUACAUCCUGGUGGGCACAGUUACCUGGCUUCUUUUCCGUCGCAUACUCUACGGACCCUUGUGGUGGUUGCUGUGGCUGCCUCUUAAGCUCGUCUUUCGUUUCAGUUUCGGUAUUCUGGGCGUUGUUGGCAUCUCAAGCACAGCCGUCCAACCAUCUCCUUCUAUCCCCGUUAGUGAGACGCUUGUGCAAGAAACGCCAGUUGUAACUCCAAGGGCAGAGCCCAGCGUCGAGACUGCGCCUAGCGAAGCCGUUUGGGACCAGCCCCCUGCAACUGAAGAGUCAGAUAAUGACCGGAUGAUCGACCAGAUUGCGGAAAUGGUGGAAACAAGUGCCGAGCAAGAAGAAACCUUUAUCCAAGAAGAGCCAUUGCCGGAAGAGUCGCGGACACAGGAUGAACCGCCUCGAAAUACCAAAAAGCGGAUGUACGAGGCCACCGAGCUAGUUAUGGCCUCUAAUUUCUUCAACAACAAAGCCCGCGCAGCAGCAGCAGCUGCAGGGACGUCAAGCAGCUCCAAAACCAAAGGCACAGACAAAGAAGCGCAGGCACAAAAUCAACCAUGGGUCGAGAAAUACCGCCCGAAGACACUAGAUGAUGUCGCUGCCCAAGACCAUACCACGAAAGUUCUCCAGCGAACACUGCAGGCAUCCAACCUUCCUCAUAUGCUCUUCUACGGUCCUCCAGGUACCGGAAAAACCUCGACGAUCCUCGCCCUCGCAAAGUCGCUAUUCGGCCCAGCGCUCUACCGCUCGCGAAUCCUCGAACUGAACGCCUCAGACGAGCGUGGUAUCGGAAUUGUCCGUGAGAAGGUCAAGAACUUCGCCCGCAUGCAACUGAGCCAACCUACCGGAGUGGAUAAAUCGUAUUUCGAUCAAUACCCCUGCCCGCCGUUCAAGAUCAUCGUGCUGGAUGAAGCCGACAGCAUGACCCAAGACGCCCAGUCAGCUCUCCGACGGACCAUGGAGCAGUACAGUCGGAUCACGCGUUUCUGUCUCGUUUGCAACUAUGUCACUCGCAUCAUUGAGCCGCUCGCGAGUCGAUGCAGCAAGUUCCGGUUCAAGCCGUUGGACAAUGCCGCUGCGGGUGAUCGGCUGAGCGACAUUGCCAAAUUGGAGGGCGUAAACGUGGAAGAAGGGGUGGUGGGCAAACUCAUCCAAUGCAGUGAGGGUGACUUGCGACGCGCAAUUACGUACCUACAGAGUGCGGCGCGGUUGGUCGGUGCUACGGGCGGCGGCGGAAAGAAGGACGGCGAUGACGAUGCCGAGAUGACGGAUACCGGCUCGCAGGCAGUUACUGUGACCAUGAUCGAAGAAAUUGCUGGUGUGGUGCCCGAGAGCGUUCUGGACCGGUUGGUGCAAGCUAUGCAGCCUAAGAAAUUCGGCUCUUCGUACGAGUCUGUCUCGAAGGUGAUUACGGAUGUUAUUGCGGAUGGGUGGAGCGCGACGCAGCUUCUCUUACAGUUGUAUCGACGAGUUGUUUAUAACGAUGCUAUUCCUGACAGCCAGAAGAACAAGAUUGUUAUGGUGUUCUCGGAGAUGGAUAAGCGACUGAUUGAUGGUGCCGACGAGCACCUUUCAGUGUUGGAUUCCUCCCUCAAGAUCUCGGGCAUUCUCGGUGAAUCCUAA